UAUUGUCUUGGUAUAUAUAUAGCCGCCGCCUGCUCCUGAAUUUCCCACCAAGCUACUCUCUCUUCCAUCUACCCCUGCUCUGCGCAGGGUUAGAGCAACUAACAAUUCCUUCACAACAAACAGAAUCCCAUUUCUCUGCACCCUUUUCCUAAUGGAACAAAAAGCAUCAAACUUCAUCAUCAACAUAGACCCUAACCCUGAAAACAACAUCAAGACCAAGCAGGUUUCUGUCUAUGAGAAAAAGAAGCGUGGUCCAAUGCACCUUGUUAAAGUAGCAUUGUUUAUGAUCCGAAGCCGCAAGUCCAAUAAACUGAAACCCCUUCCUGUGGAUGUGGCGCCGUCUAAGGACUCGUGGAAGGGUCUCGUGGCGUCUAUGCGUCCCUUGCACCUUCAAAGCGAUCAAUCAUCUCCACCACCCUCCAUUGUUGAAGCCCUUAAACCUAUUGUCACGUCGCCAAUGGUCGAAUACUUUGAGGAUUUACAUUCACCCACGUAUCAAUCUGGGGCAAGCUCUUCUUCGAGUUCUGAAGAUGGUAUGAGCCGCUAUGCCUCCGCGGUUAACCUCCAGGAGCUAAACAAGGAUAAUGAUGAGGAUGAUGAAGAUGAAGAUGGUGGAGACGAGAUGAUUGAUGCAAAGGCUGAGGAGUUCAUUGCUCAGUUCUAUCAACAAAUGAAGCUGCAACAAAUGGACUUGGUUGAUGAUGGUCAUUAACAAGAGAGGAUUCAGAGGUCAAUAGAUUGAAGGGUGGACAGAAAGGGAACGUUUGGUUUGGGGUUUGAAUGUUUUAGAAUUUUACUACUUUGCAUGCAUGCAUCAUUUUUAUUCCCCUAGUUUUUGUUUUUUUUUUUGUUUGUUUUGGUCUUGGUAAAAGUUUAUGGGCCAAGGGAUUAAGAUUGUUGGAAUCAAUGGGUGAAUAGUAUAGAAGAAGAUACAGAAAUUUACAAGGACUAUGAUUUAAAGAAGGGUUGGUGUUAUUUGGGAAAUAGAGAAAAUAUAUGUGUUAAUGAUUAUUAAGUCAAUUCUUAGAAAUGUCUUUCUGUACUUUUUAGGUGUUAAUUUCGUCGAAGAGAGCUAAGGUAUCAUUUGUUUUUGUGUUCUUUCUCUAGUAUGUUUUUCAAUUGUAAAUGUAUCAGAAAAAUGGGGGGAUGAUGCUUCUAAUUUUUCUUGUAUACUUUA